UACACCAAUUUGCCUCCCUAGUUCAUAAUUUGUAAGCCUAUUGCAUUUCCUCAUGAAGACUUAAAACAUAAGCUUGGGAAUCUGGGAUUAAUGUGUUGUUCAAAUAAUGAUGUAAUAAAUGUUGAUGAAUUUGCGAUGCUACACGCAAAGAACCAAGCUUGUUGUUAAGGACGCAGCAAAUCAACUCUUUAAACUCAACACACAACUCACAAAACUUGCCCGCUCAAAUCGUCACUAUGACUGUCUUUCUCUCUUCCUGCAAAUCCAUUCAUAUGGUAAACCGAAACCAGACCAUUAUUCUAUCUCGACUGCUAUUACUUCCUCUGCAAAUUCAUUCAACAUCAGAUUUGGAAACCAGCUUCAUGCCCUUGCUAUUUAUACUGGACGUAAAACCUUCACACAUGUAUCAAACACUCUCCUUUCUCUUUAUGCCAAAUCAAACGACUUGGGUUCUGUUGAAAUGGUAUUUUCUGAAUUGGGUAGUCCUGAUUCUUAUUCUUGGACUAAUUUGUUAUCAGCAUACACUAAGUUGGGUAAACUUUAUCAUGCCUGCCAACUGCUUGAUGAAAUGUCUCUUACAGAUGUUGAGCCUUGGAAUGCUGUAAUCACGGGUUGUUCUGAGGAUAUUGCAUUUUAUUUGUUUAAGAAAAUGCAUUUGUUGGGUGUUAGGCAUGACAACUACACUUUUGCUUGUGUUCUUAACUUGUGUUCUGUUGAUGAGUUUUAUGGAUUUGGGAUGCAGGUGUACUCUUUGAUUUGUAAAAGUGGGUUUCUGGGUUGGAGCCCAGUUGUAAAUUCUCUUAUAUCGAUGUAUUUUGAUUGCAGGAAUGUGAUUGAUGCUUGUAAAGUUUUUGAACAAGCAGGUGACAUGGUGCACGACGAGAUUACCUAUAAUGCCAUGAUUAAUGGGUUAGUAAGUGUUGACAGGAAGGAAAAUGCAUUGGUAAUGUUCAGGAAUAUGUUAGAGGCUUGUCGAAGGCCAACUGAGUUAACUUUCCUUAGCCUAAUGAGCUCGGGUUUGGUUCUAAGCAUGUGCUUUCAGUUGCAUGCGCAGGCUAUAAAGGCAGGUUAUUGGCCUAGUACAGCUGUGAGCAAUGCUGCCAUGGCCAUGUAUGCUGAGCAUGGUCUAAUAGACUUAGUCAGAAAAAUAUUCGAGGAAUUGGAACUGAAGGAUGUUGUUUCUUGGAAUACUAUGAUAGCCGGAUGUGUUCAUAACAAUGAAAUGCAAUUAGCAGGAUCGGCUUUCAUAGAUAUGCGGAGGACAGGGUUUCUUCCCGACGCAUAUACAAUCGGAGCCCUCUUAGCUGGCUCCGAAAGCUUAGAAAAUGUUCAGAUGCUCUAUGCUCUUGUGCUAAAAAGUGGACUUAGUCUAUCAAGCGAAGUUGUGAAUGCUUUGGUUUCUGCAUUCUCUAAGCUAGGCGACCUUAAUCUUGCCCAUGAAAUUUUCUGCGACAUCCAAACCAAAAAUAUAAUCACAUGGAAUGCAAUUAUGUCUGGGUUCUUGUCAAAUGGAUACCCGUUGCACGCUCUAGAACUGUUUCUUCAGAUGCAAACGUCAAAACUCAGACCGAAUGUAUAUACUCUGGCUAUUAUAUUGACUAUUUGUUCUAACAUUUCAGCCUUAAGACAUGGAAAACAGAUCCAUUGCUACAUUCUGAGACAUUUGUUUCUAAACGAGUCAUCCUUAGGAAAUGGCUUGAUCACCAUGUAUGCAAAAUGCGGGCUUAUAAAUUGGUCCAUCAAGGUAUUUGAAAGCAUGAACAAAAAGGACAUUAUAAGUUGGAAUGCCAUAAUCUCUGCAUUUGCUCAAUAUGGAGACGGGAAACGAGCUGUAACGUACUUUACAUCGAUGCAGCGUGAGGUCGGACUUGAACCUGAUCUUGCGACAUUCACUGCUGUUCUGUCUGCUUGCUGCCGUACUGGUCUAGUUUGUGAUGGCAUUCACAUAUUUAACUCCAUGAUCAAUGAUUAUGGCACGGAGCCUGGUAUAGAUCAGUUUUCUUGCUUUGUGGAUCUUAUAGGGCGAGCUGGGUACACUGAUGAGAUGGAGAAACUGAUCGAGAGUAAAAACUAUUGGGCUGAUCCCAAGGUUUGGUGGAAUUUACUUAGUGCAUGUGCAUGCUGUGGUAAUGUAAGACUGGCAAGAAUUGCUGCUGCAAUGCUUCUUCGAAUCGAGAAACAUGACCCAGCAGUUUAUGUUUUGCUGUCGAAUAUUCAUGCAACUGCUGGACAAUGGGAAGAUGCAGCUCGAAUCAGGGAAAUGAUGAAGACAGUUAGGGUUAUAAAGCAACCUGGAUGCAGUUGGAUCAAGCCAUGAAAACACUAAAUGAUUGAUUGAGCGACAACGCAUUGAGCUAGUCGUUCUUUGCACUACUUAACAGGAACCGCUUUGUUUUGCUGCUGUUCUCCAUUACUGGAAACAUCUUAUAUAUGUGAGGAAC